GAGCCCUACUUGCUACCUAGACCCCUAGCCUGCACCUGCCCUGCACCGCGCCCUACCCCCUAUCACCGAGCCUGUGCCCCUACCCCCCUCUGCACAAACUAGCCGGCAGCCACAUGCACGCCUACACGCCCUAACCCCCUACGCAGCUGCACCCUCCUCUGCCCGAGCCAGAUUUGCACUCAUCACCCCUCCUCUGCCUGAGCCAGAUUUACACUCAUCAGCAUGACAACCUUGCUCAUCACCCCUCCUCUGCCCAAGCCCAGAUCUUCACUCAUCACCCACCUCCUCCCCGAACCAAUUGCCAGCCGAUCAUGCACUCAUUACCCCGCCUGUGUCCCAAUCGCACAACCCCUCUAUGCCCCUGCUGGCUGUCCCGCGCCUCUGCCUUUUGCUUGCUACACUAAGCCUGCACUCUGUACACUGGCAGUCAUGCCUCCUACACACCUCCUAUAACCCCCUACUUUCUGCAAAGCCGACUCUGCGCAUGAUGGCAGACCAGUGUUCUUCGCUGUUCUGCGAGGUCAAUUUUGGCCUCAUCGUGGAAAGAGAAAGGGCAUAUCGGAAGAUUAGGAGGAGGGAGUUCUUUUUUUGUUUUUUUUUUGCUUUUGCUUGUGUGGGUAUAAAUAGAGGAUUUUAGAUUUGAAAUGGUGGUGGUUGUUGGUUGAUUUUGGGUCUCUUUGUUGGGGAGUUUCGUCUAAGUUUUUGAGAGCAAUAGAAGGGGAUUUAGUGGAGAAGAAAGGGGGCAACAACGGCUUUCGAGAAGAAGAGGUCAUAUUUCUGGGUUUUUGCUUUAGGUACAUUUUUGAAACAGAGGAUUUCUUUUAGAGGAAAUGGUGAAGGAGAUGAUGGAAGCUUGAUCUCAUGGGUGGGGUUCCUUCCAUCAGAUCCAGACCUGUUUUCCUUUAAAGAAUCCACCGUGCUUGUCUAUUUCUUUUGUAUGUUGAUGAUUCUGUUCUCUUUGUUUAGGAUGUUAAAUUAUUAUAUGUUUGGUUGGAAUGAAAGCGAAUUAAAGAUCGCACAGUUCA